UUCACAACAUCCAAGAUGUCUGCCGCCAUAGCUUCCCUCGCUUCGUACGGUAGCGAUUCUGAUUCAGAAAACGAGUCAGAAUCUAACACCAAUGUCGAAAAAGCGGAUCCAGCAAACCCGGACGCUACGGCUCAUCUUAGACCUUUACAGGCCGGACAAACGAUGACUCUGGCUCUUCUAAAUUCUGCUCCCGAGGUUGCCGUGAAGGAGGCUGUUGAGACUGGCACACACCUGGACCCUUCGUUAAAAGAAGUCACUUAUAAUCCAACAUAUGAAACUAUGUUCGCACCGGAGUUUGGGCCAGUUAAUCCAUUCAAAUCACAGCAGAUGGCCGCCCCCAGGAAUAUGUUAUCUGGCUAUGCAGAACCUGCUCACCUCAACGACUUCAUGUUUGAACAACAAAGAAGAACCUUCUCCACGUAUGGUUAUGCUUUAGAUCCAUCUGUGGACACACACCAAGCUUCCUCUAACACCUACAUUGGUGCAGUGGAUGAGGCAGAGAAAAACAAUGGGCUAACUGUGUUUGAGAGCGGCACUAAGAAGACAGAGAAAAGGAAAAAGGUCAAAGGUGGAGAUGCAGGAGAGAUCGACAACUUUCUGGGGCCAUGGGCAAAAUAUGCAGAUGAGAAAGAUGGGGCCAAACCAUCAGAGGAAGAGCAGAAAGAGCUGGAUGAGAUCACAGCCAAGAGGCAGAAGAAAGGGAGGAAUGAGGAGGAGGCUCCCGCAGAGGAGAAGACCAUUCUGCAUGUUAAAGACAUGUAUGACUACCAGGGCAGAUCAUACCUCCACAUCCCACAGGACGUGGGCGUCAACCUGCGUUCAGCAGAUGCUCCAGACAAAUGUUACCUGCCCAAGAAACAAAUUCACGUCUGGUCUGGACAUACAAAGGGUGUUAGUGCUAUAAGACUGUUUCCCAGAUCUGGUCAUCUGCUUCUCUCCUGCUCCAUGGACUGCAAGAUUAAGCUGUGGGAAGUAUACGGCGAGAGACGAUGUAUACGGACGUUCAUUGGCCACAGCAAAGCAGUGCGAGACAUUUGCUUCAACAACAGCGGGACGCAGUUUCUGAGCGCCGCCUACGACCGCUACCUCAAACUGUGGGACUCUGAGACAGGCCAGUGUAUCUCCCGCUUCACCAACAGGAAGGUGCCGUACUGCGUCAAGUUCAACCCAGACGAGGACAAACAGAACCUAUUUGUGGCCGGCAUGUCAGAUAAGAAGAUUGUACAGUGGGACAUUAGGACAGGUGAGGUGGUUCAGGAGUACGACCGUCAUCUUGGAGCCGUCAACACCAUCACCUUUGUCGAUGAGAAUCGUCGCUUUGUCAGCACGUCGGACGACAAGAGUUUGCGAGUGUGGGAGUGGGACAUCCCUGUGGACUUCAAGUACAUCGCUGAGCCCAGUAUGCACUCCAUGCCAGCUGUGACUCUCUCUCCCAACGGUAAAUGGCUAGCAUGCCAGUCCAUGGACAACCAGAUUCUGAUCUUUGGAGCCCAAAACCGUUUCAGACUGAACAAGAAGAAAGUCUUCAAAGGACACAUGGUGGCUGGCUAUGCCUGCCAAGUCGACUUCUCCCCAGACAUGAGCUACGUGGUUUCAGGAGAUGCAGAUGGGAAGUUGAACAUUUGGGAUUGGAAGACCACCAAGCUUUACCACAGAAUCAAGGCUCAUGAUAAGGUGUGCAUCAGUGCCCUUUGGCAUCCACAUGAAACCUCCAAGGUCAUCACCUGCGGCUGGGAUGGACAAAUCAAGCUAUGGGACUAGAUGUUUAUCAUUAUGUGUACAUGUCUGUUUAGUGCACUGGUUCUCCAACAACAGAAAGAGACUGAUUGUCUCAGUGAUUUAGUGAAAAUUUUGAGUGAAAGCCACAGGACUGGUAUCCAGUCUGAUGGUAGCCAUGUAUUUUUAUAUCCCGUUACAAAAUUUCAAAUUAUGUUCAUGUAUUGAGUGUACAAAGAUGAACACGAACAUACUUUUAAAACAGUUUCUAUAAGGCAUAAGAGAGGGCUACCUUGGCCAAAUUUUCCAUUAUGUGUUUUUCUUUAUUUGUGAUGUCCUGUUUGGUAUGCCAUGGUAGGAAUUUUUUUGUAAAAGUAUGACCAUCCCUUUGUGGAAAUAAACAUUCUUUACAUUUUA